AUGAUCCUCGACGCACAGAACGAGUUUUCCAACGGCCAGGCGGUCACCGCCACGGCCAUUUCCACCAACGUCAUCGACACCGGUACCGACAAGAACCCGGUGAAGAACCUGGGCGGCCCGGAGCCGAUCUAUCUGGUGAUCCAGGUGGACACCGACUUCGCUGCUGCCGGCGCUGCGACCCUGGCUGCCAGCCUGGAAUCGUCCGCCGCCGCUGGCCUGACGUCGGCCAACGUCCACUUCAGCACCGGCAACCUGGCGUUGGCUGCGCUGAAGGCCGGGAACACCGUGGCCGUGGUGGCGCUGCCCAGCGGUGACUACCUGCGCUACCUGGGACUGCGCUACACGGUCGGCACCGGUCCGAUGACCGGCGGCGCCGUCUCGGCGUUCCUGACGCGCGAUCCGCAGCUGUAUCGCGCGUACUGGGCUGCUGUCGGCCGCUGA